AUGGGCCACAACCUCAGCGGGUACUCCAGCAUUAUGUCUACUACAGUUUCAAUAGUACCUGUCACAGAUACAGUAGGCUCCAGUGAUGAGACAACUACAAUAGAAUCAAGCACAGAAGGUAGUGAACUAAACGUAGACUGUGACACAUCCAAGUCAAUGGCAGUGGCUUUGCGUCUAGAGGCUCUUCUGGGAUUUACCAAAUCUAUGCUCAGUCCUUACUUACUUCCUCAGGUGUUGCCAGGUGAUCCUAUUGAGAGAAUCAUGAUGCCAUCUGAAACAGCUAGGCCUCUACCUGGCACUUUGGAGUUGAAGAGGGUAGUAAUGCGCUUAUAUAGAGAACCACUUGUUCCUAUUAUAGAUGACUGGGGCAGCUGCAUUGGGCUGUUACACCGUGAAGAUUGUUGUGAGAUGAAUGCCCCACUUUCAACAAUGAUGAGAAGUCCACCUACUUUUGUUACAACGACAACAACUAUCGGUCACGUAGUCGAUCUAGUUUUGGAAAAGAAGUAUAAAAUGGUUAUUGUUGUAAAACAUAGCAACUUGAAUGGCACCACGCAUGGGUCUAAGGCAGUUGGUGUUUUUACUGCUGAACAAUUAUAUAACCUUGUGACACCUGUACCAGAGGUGUUGAAACAAAAACAAUCAGUUCAUAGAAGUUUAGCGAUGUUUUGAUGCC